AUGGCAAUGCCAACACCGUGUGCUGCACAGGGUAGUAGUCAAGCCGAGCCCACUGCCGGUGCCGCUGUCUUGCCUGAAGAUGUGCUGCGUGACAUCCUCCUGCGCCUGCCGGUAAAGACGCUCUGCCGCUUCCGAGCCAUGUGCCGAUCCUGGAGGUCCUUCCUGUCCGACCCGCUCUUCAUCGCAGCGCACAAGUCAAAGCACCCUGGGCCGCUCAUUGUCACAUGCAUCCGUGAUCUGCUCGGAGACGGGGGAGGGACCAUUAACAUAAUGGACUUGUCUGGCCAUGUCGUUAGGCGGAUGACCACCAGCAUAGAGGAUGCCACAUUGCUGUGCACACGCCUGGAUCUCAUCUGUGUCACCGGAGAGAAGGACUGCCACACAAGCGGUCACGUAAUUGACCCGGCCACAGGGCAUACUCUGGCUUUGCCCUACAAGCGCGCACAGGAGCACGCGCAUGUCAAAGCUUUCUUCUCCUAUGCAUUUGAGUUGGGACAGGUUGUCUCCACGGGAGAGUACAAGGCCCUCCGCUGCGUUAGCGUCGAUAGCUCGUAUCACGGCUCCGAGCCGAUGAUCUCCGAGGUCAUCACCCUUGGUGGUGGCCGUGGCGGCGGCAAUCGUCAUGCAAGAUGGAGGGAGAGACCAUGUCCUCCGUGCCCUGUCACUAGUGGCUCGAAGAAAAGUGUGGUUGUCAAUGGAGUUGUCUACUUCUUGUUGGAUUUCGGAAGCCACCGCUUUACAUAUAGUGGAGACCGCGUCGAGCCAUGUAGCAUUGCUUGUUUCGACCUCGAGGCAGAGGAGUGGAUGGGCACGCUCCGAGGUCCACUCCAAGUGCGUAACUUUAUCGAGGCCGGUAAUGGAAGGUGUGAUUACAGUGAUCUAUUCCGUAAACUUUCGUUGGUCAAUAUGAAUGGGUUCUUGGUUAUGGUACACGAUCCUAUGGGUUACCCUUUGGACCUGUGGUUUUUGGUUGACAUUGAGAAAUGUCUCUGGGAUAGAAAGUACAGCAUUGGUUUUCAAUACGAAAAUCUCUUUGCACAACCCUUGCUGGUUCUAGACGACGGCAGAAUAGCCAUCGGCACAUCAGAUUUGCUGCGAAUAUAUGAUCCGGUUUCAGAGAGUUAUACUGAAUUUCAGAUGGCAGGCUCCAGAUUGUUUGCUAUAUACACAGGAAAUCUGUUGAGUUUGAAGAGCAGUUUUACCUCUGAGGCUAAACAUUGUACAACAUGCGGGUGCUACUUUAUCCCCGAAGCCGACCAACAUUGCGAAGAGUGUAUGUGGCAUCUGUAUUGGCUGUCGGUGGAUCCCGAUUCAGAGUACCACAAAUCACGAAUGCCACUAAGCUUGAGUGUCAUCCCUCUUUUCCCUGAAACAUAG